GGGAGUUCCUAGGGAAAAGGUUAAAUCAAGUUCCUUCCCACUCACAGGGAACUAGAACUCUGCGGCGCGUGCAGCUAGACGCUUCCUGCAGAGUGCUGGCUCCGCGUCGUGGAGGUGCAGCCGCUGGACGUCCGGUGUUGAUGGUGGCAGCGGCGGCAGCCUGAGCAGCAGCAGCCCGAGCAGCACGCCAGCUCUCGCCCACCCUGCCACAUUCUCCGGCCCCAUCACCCGGUCUCCCGAAAGGUGCUGGGCACAUUUGGGGCGGCGGAGGCGAAGCGGCGGCAGCGGUAGCGGCGACGGCGGCGGCGGGAGGCAGGAUGAGCGCACGCGGUGAAGGCGCCGGGCAGCCGUCCACUUCAGCCCAGGGACAACCUGCCGCCCCGGCGCCUCAGAAGAGAGGACGCGGCCGACCCAGGAAGCAGCAGCAAGAGCCAGCCGGGGAGCCCUCUCCUAAGAGACCCAGGGGAAGACCCAAAGGCAGCAAAAACAAGAGUCCCUCCAAAGCAGCUCAAAAGAAAGCAGAAGCCACUGGAGAAAAACGGCCAAGAGGCAGACCUAGGAAAUGGCCACAACAAGUCGUUCAGAAGAAGCCUGCUCAGGAGGAGACUGAAGAGACAUCCUCACCAGAGUCUGCAGAAGAGGAUUAGGGGGCGCCAACGUUCAAUUUCUACCUCAGCAGCAGUUGGAUCUUUUGAAGAGAGAAGACACUGCAGUGACCACUUACUCUCUAUUCCCAUGGUCUUUCCACUUUC